UUUGCACAGCUGCACCGAAUUUGCACGACAGAGCGGCCGAAGUUCUGCGUGAUUCAGGACCGUCUCAGGUUUGAGUUUUUCUGGGGAGCAGCAGCGCACCACGUCGUGCCACACGGGGAGGAGAGAGGGCAGAAGUUUCCGCUGCCUUGUUUUGUCACUACGCGGCUGCUAAAUCCGCAGGAAUGUCGCAGAAGGAGAGACCCACUUUUUAUCGACAGGAGCUCAACAAAACCGUGUGGGAGGUUCCGGAGCGGUACCAGCACUUAUCUCCCGUCGGCUCCGGUGCUUACGGAUCCGUAUGCUCAGCGUUCGAUAUGAAGACGGCCCUGAAGGUAGCAGUGAAGAAGCUGUCCAGACCCUUCCAGUCCAUCAUCCACGCAAAGAGAACCUACAGAGAGCUGCGGCUGCUCAAACACAUGAAGCACGAGAACGUGAUUGGUCUGUUAGAUGUUUUCACACCAGGGACGAGCUUAGAGGAGUUCAAUGAUGUGUACCUGGUGACUCACCUAAUGGGUGCAGACCUCAACAACAUCGUCAAGUGUCAGAAGCUGACUGAUGACCACGUCCAGUUCCUCAUCUACCAGAUCCUCAGAGGCUUAAAGUACAUCCAUUCUGCAGACAUCAUCCACAGAGACUUGAAGCCGAGUAAUCUGGCUGUGAAUGAAGACUGUGAGCUCAAGAUCCUGGACUUUGGUUUGGCACGGCACACGGACGACGAGAUGACAGGCUACGUAGCCACCCGGUGGUACCGAGCCCCGGAGAUCAUGCUCAACUGGAUGCACUACAACAUGACAGUGGAUAUCUGGUCAGUUGGCUGCAUCAUGGCUGAACUACUUACUGGACGGACGCUCUUCCCGGGCACGGACCACAUUGAUCAGUUGAAGCUUAUAAUGAUGCUGGUUGGAACCCCAGGGCCCGAGCUCUUGAUGAAAAUCUCUUCGGAGUCUGCGAGGAACUACAUUAACUCACUUGCCCAAAUGCCGAAGAGGAACUUUGCUGAUGUGUUUAUUGGUGCCAACCCUCUUGCGGUGGACUUGCUGGAGAAAAUGCUGGUGCUGGACACAGACAAGCGAAUCACGGCGUCUGAGGCACUGGCCCACCCGUACUUUGCCCAGUACCACGAUCCGGACGACGAGCCCGAAGCGGAGCCUUACGACCAGAGCUUCGAAAGCCGUGAGCUGGAAAUCGAGGAGUGGAAGAGUUUAACCUAUGAGGAGGUGCUCAGCUUUGUGCCACCGUCGUUCGACGAGGAUGAGAUGGAAUCAUGAGGAAGAGGAGACGCCUUUUCUUCCAUCUUUUGUUUUCCAAGAAACACUCUUUAAGGACUAUCAGUCUCAUGUGACUAUCCACCACUUUCCUCACACACUCGCACAACCAUGACAUUCAAGUGCCUGCCGUCAUUCAUCUCCGGAGGACGUCGCGAUAUCAGGGAUAAGACUUGACAUCCUGUUCCUUCCGUCCUUCACUUCGCUGUUUUUGUUACUCUGCAUCCCAACGCGCUGAGGCAGACUUGAAUUCUCCUUCGAUUUUUUACUGAGUUUUUACCUCAGACAUUUAUUGUUUAUAUUGAUCCCUUCCUUCAUUCAGAAAACUAGAAACUACACAUCAGUAUCUUUAAAGCAAAUUGGAGAAAUUUAACUUGUAAUACAUAUUUUAUAAAAUUGUGCUACUUAGCAGUACUUAAUAUUAUAGGAAAGGAGUUGAAAAGUUUCAAAGUGCGGUGUGUCUACAGUUUAUCUCUCCUCCACACAUUAAAAUGAAAUGUUAUUUCUACCAAUGCAUAGAACUGUGUAAAUAUGACAAACAGUAUUUGUACAUAAGUACUUCAGUCAAACCAGUUACCGUAUUUGUGUGAUAGUUAUAAUCGCUGAGUCACACCUCAGCCGACCCCUUUGACAGUAUGAGUUUUAUUACUAGAGUUUAGCCUAAAAUGACAUAUAAAAAUAUACAGUAUGUAAUUUAAUACAAUGUAUAGAAUAGGCUGAAAAUAUGGAAAAUCUUCACCUCUGCAUGGCAAAUUCAAAGCUUCAUAUUUGUUACUGUUGGAUUUGAAGGCUUACAGUGUCCCUUUUUUUUAACCAAAAUAUGAGUUUGGAGAGUAUGGAGCUUGGCUUACGUGUCCAUUUCACCUACUUAUUUGUUCAGUUUCCACUCCUUUCCCUCCAUAUCGACUCGUCUUUUAAAGGACCAGUGUGUAGGAUUUGUGGCAUCUAGCAGUGAGUUUUGCAGAACAGCUGAAUACCCUUUGGCUCCCCCCUCCCUUUCCGAGCACGUAGGAGAACCUACUGUGGCUGCGAGCCUUGUGGAAAAACACCAAAGGCGCUCUCUAGAGCCAGUGUUUGGUUGGUCCGUUCUGGGCCACCGUAGAAACAUGACUGUGCAACAUGGCAGACACCGUGGAUGAUGACCCGCUCCCUCUGUCGAUAUAAAGAGCUCAAUCAAAGGUAAUGAAAACACAGUCAUUCUUAUUUUCAGGUGAUUUUUACACUAAUGAGAGCAUACUUAUGAAUAUUGUAUUCCAUUUCUGCCAAUAGAUCCCUCUGAAUCCUACACACUGCAUCUUUAAGCACUUCUGAUCUGUUGUUUCAGAAGAAUGUUUCAGUCGCCAUUAUCACAACCUACAUUACCACAUACGCAUGAUAAAGCCAGAUUUGGCUUACUAUCUUAUUGAGAUGUGAUGUUUCCCACCACAACACCAACUGACAAUGUACUUUAAUCAUAUUGCAUUUAUAAAACACAGUACUAUUAAUGUUAUUGAAUGUUGGGGGCGCCAGUCUGCCCCGUAUUUAUGAUCUUUUGUUCUGUUGUUUGUAUAUCGAUGUAAAAGAGAAUAUUAUUUGUCAGAAUUUAAGGUUCUUUUUAUUAUUUAUGGAGAGCUUACUGUAUCAGAAACCAAACGUGUCAUCAAUAAUCUCGAACGUCAGUGAAGCCAUGGUGACUGCAGUUACAGCUUGUGUAUCAGAGCCAACAGUAUAAACUAAAUCAGUUUGAUCAACUUUGCUCAUUUUGCAGUUUUUUCAGUUCAUUUUUUUUUUCUGGGAUUUCUAAGUUUUGAGUUCUUAAACAUUUCUCUUAUUGCGUUCCCUGAGGCACUGCCCUCCCAAAGUAUACUAUUUUCAAAGCAUUUCAAUAGAAAGCGUGCAGAAAUCCAAGCAAAUUAUGUAUUACAGUUCGUCAACAUUUUAUAUUGACAUGCAAACCACCAAACAGUGAACUCUGAAGCGUACUACGAACAUUGACAGAAUGUUUUGUUUUAUGUGAGCCAUUUAAGAGUCACAUUACAUUCACAUGUGACACACAAGCUAUAUCCACAGUUGCUCUGGCUAACGUCAACCAAACCAUAUCGGUGUCUUCACAGUUUCAUUUGCAACAGCUUGUUUUCAUGUAGUGCUUUUUUCUAAUGUGUUAUUUUAUUCUUUGUGUGUUCAAUCGAGAUUUGAUGUUAUUCUGUGAUUCUGUAGUAAUUGUUUUUUGAGUAAUGCUAGAACUAUAUUUGUCAUUCAUUUGAAUAAUUUAGCAGGGCACAUGUUUGUGGGAAAGAGUGUACGUUUACUCACUGGAUGCUGAAGGGCAAUGCUGAAGCCUCGUUCUUUGUAGUUUUAAAAAAAGAACUGCAUAAAUUAGAUUAUUUAUCUUGUCCAUAUCCCACUGUCAGUACUUAAGUUGAUUAUCGGUUCUGCUUACUUUGCCUGACAUGUGUUCUUAUGUUUCUACUUUGUUCUUUAAAACAUGUACCAAGACAGCACUCCACACCACCUGUAAAUACCACCAUUAGAAAAUAAAGGCUACUAUUUUUCAAACCUCUAACAGCGUUCAGUAUGUUCGAGUGAGUUCAGCUGUGACUGUGGCACCACUGGGUGGCAGCACAGCGCAAG